AUGUCUUCCCGCUACGUGGAUGACCGAGACUACCGCAGCACCACUGACUCCCGCCGAAGAGCAGAACGCGAUCCUCGGGAGCGGAUUGAAUCUACCAGGGAAAGAAGAAUAGACGAGCGUCCGCUCGAUCGAAGUCGAGAUACCCAGAUGACAGAUGCCAUGGACAUUGCAAUUGACCGCCGUGUGGACCCCCGUCUUGAUCCCAGAAUGGACCCCAGGAUUGAUAUCGGGAGAGAUACUGCAAGAGCAAACACAGCCAGCCGCAUUGAUCCUCCCCGGCCUGAUCGUGUGGUUGACAGUCGUAGCGCUGAGCCCAUUGAGAAGUAUGUUCAAGACCCAACAACCGGACAGCUGUACCGCCAGGUUCCCGCAAGGGCUCCCUAUCCUCGUGGCGACGACCGUGACUACGUUGAUCCUCCACCCCCCAGGAGUCGGACAUCCGUGGACCCUCCAGCCUCAAGAAGCCGUACAGCCGUGGACACACCCAUGAGAGAUGAUCGCAUUCGUGAUGAACCCAGGACAGGCCUUGGAGAUUACUGGUGCCCAGGAGAGGGCAUUGAACGAGAAGUCCUUCAACACGAGAUUUGCAAGUUUCUUGGACAGGAUGCCACGUGUCGCCCCGGUCAAGAUUCUCGAGGACGUCCCGGAUUUUGGGUCAGGGCUUAUCGCCCAUUCACAACGGCAAUGGAGCAAACCCUGCGCGAAGAGUCUGAGCGAUGGCUGCGUGAGAAAGAGAGAAGACGGCGACACGGCGAACCGCGAGGUUCAUACGAGCAGCUGGCACAACAAGAGACACAAACAGCACGUCGCUACCCGGGAGAUAUGGACCUUGAUGACGAUGAUUACCGGCAGCCUCCGCCCAUACGGCAUCGUGACCCACGCGAUCCCCGUGACCCUCGUGACCGUGACCUGGAGCCUCCUCGUCCCGUGGCUAGUGGCCGUAUUCCUGUCAGUACCGGCUAUCCCCCGGAGCCUGGUUACCCUGCCCAGUAUGCCAUUUCCUCACAGCAGCCGGGAUACCCUCCUGGCCAAUCCCAAUAUUACGGAACGGAGAGAGAACCCAGGACUUUCAAUGGCGGCAACACGACGCCUCCUUCCGCCAUCAGCCGAGCCUCACAAUCCGGAGGCUACGGGCAACCCGGAUAUUCGUCGAGGUCGGCACCACCGGUAUCUCAGUCAGUACCAGCUCCUUAUGACCCAAGGUCGAGAGAUAUUAUGAGUGGUGCAUAUUCCUCUGGCUACCCUGAAUCACGUCCCAGUAGGAGAUGA